AUGCCGUCAGGUAAGAGCGGCUCCAAGGGCAAAUCACCAAAAAGCCCGAAAAGCCCUAAAAAUGCCCCACCCGAAGAGGAAAAGUAUGUUUAUGUCAGACCGCCACCUCCACCACCGCCUCCUGUUCCACCACCGGCACCGCUCAUGUCAAAAAUUCGACGGCAAUUAUGGUAUCCAUACGCGAACAGGCCUUUGUUCGUGUACACCGAGUGGUUCUGGUCUCCGCUUUGCCCUUGUAUCACAAGUUGGGGUGACCUCUGGGUCACAGACCCGCAACAACGCCGGAUCUUACGCUAUAAAUUUCGUCCAGUCGAGUCGAGAUUAUAUAAAAUCGAUGGACCGUUGAUAACUCGGGGUGAACCACGGAUGAUCGUAGAAGUGCCGAAGACAGGGAGAAUGGCUGUUCUUCUAGCUGGCCCCAACGCUCGAAAGACCGCACUUGUUCUCUACGACCCCAUUGAACUGAAAGAAGAGAAGAGACUUGAAUUUCCUUUUGCAGCCGCGGAUCCGGCCACUUUGCCGUGCAGUGAGUCCCCUGAGACGAGGGCUUACAAUCUACAGGAUGAGUCGACACCGGUUGGACUGUGCUGCAAUAACGACAAUUUGUUUCUCCUAUUCCAUCCCUUACAACGUUUGAUGGUCUUUGACCAAGUGACGAUGCAGUCUAUUCCCUGCAAAGUCGAAAAUGCAUUCCCCGAUGAGAAUUCUUGUGUGCAUAUCGCCACUUCCGGUGGUUGUGCGGCAGAUGCGCAAUUCCUAUACGUAGCUGCAACACGUCCGUCGAGGUUGCUGGUGUUCUUUAUCCAUUCGCCUCGAAUACUUGGCAAGGUUGACUCGGUAAAUUUGGUUGUGUACGCCGAAUUGGCAAUGGAUAGGCUGUCGUUUGGUGAACCCUUCGGAGUGCAGAUAGACUCACUUGGGAUGGUUGUUGUAUCCGACUCAAAGGCCGGAUUCUUCCAUGUGUACAAUAUUCGGCAUCGGACCAAAGGCCCUUGGGUGCCCUCUUUGGAGCACGGUGAAACAUGCCUCAUGGGUUCCUGGAAGAUUGACGAGUAUCAACCUAUCCGCCCAGGUUAUUUCAGUGUGGCAAAGAACGGCACAGUAUGCGUUGUUGAUCGGUGGCACAAUAGGCUUUGCAUAUUUGCUGACCGAACCGAACUGCGAUGGUAUGACGACACUUUCUGCAUACUCGAAGACGAGUUGCCGAUCCGUAAAUUUGUCGAUCCUCUUCUGCCCGAGGAUGGACUUCCGCCACCACAACAUCCUGAGGAUGUGUUACCGGCCUUUGUCAGGCGAUCCAGUGCGGUGACUGAACCCCUCGAGGAAGACACCCUCUUGCCGGAAGCAUGGAUUCAAAAAUUCCGUCGUAAAACCGACGAGCCUGUUGCGGAGCCCGAGUCUCCUAAGGGCUCCAAAGGUAAAGAUAAAUCAAAGGGCAAGGAUAAUUCGAAGAGUAAAUCUCCAUCAAAGGGGAAAAAGAAGUGA